AUGCCUGACGUACUCUUGGUGGUAGCACUUGUCUUCGUAACCCUCCUAGACCAUGUCGAUUGUAAACAACCCAAUAUAGUAAUAAUAGUAGCAGAUGACCUGGGAUACAACGAUGUAGGAUUCAGAGGAUCUAUUGCACUGACUCCAAAUAUUGAUAGACUUGCUAACAAGAGUGUGAUUCUGGAGAAUCACAUCGUAGCUGCUAGCUGCUCUCCUACUCGAUCUGCUCUUAUGACUGGUCGGUAUCCAAUCCGAACAGGAUUCUGGAAGGGAAAUAUCAAACCAAUGGAGGAGUUUGGAUUGGGAUUGGAUGAGACCUUGCUCCCUGAGAUGCUGAAAACAAACGGAUACUCAACACACGGCGUAGGAAAAUGGCAUCUCGGUAUGCAUACUUGGGAACACACGCCUGCAAAGAGAGGUUUCGAUACCUGGUUUGGUUUGUACAACUGUGAACAGGAUUAUUUCAAACGUACAUUCAAGGGCAAGACAGACUUUAGGGAAAACUAUUACGAUGAGAAUAGUAAUUUAGUUGACGACGUACGGAAUGAUCUAACGGGACAGUAUAACACAUAUCUGUUCACUGACAAGUCAGUUGAGCUCAUCAAAACCACAACCAAAGCAACCCCUUCUUUCUUUAUUUAG